AUGAAGGUCUGGGGUGCUGUGGUGGCAAUCUUGGCCACACUGAUGGUUGUCACUUUGGACAGCAAGAUCUAUAGACGCUGUGAGCUGGCAAGGAAGCUGGACAAGGCGGGCCUCAACGGCUACAAGGGCUACACCAUUGGAGACUGGUUAUGCCUGGCACACUAUGAGAGUGGCUUUGACACCUCCUUCGUGGACCACAAUCCUGACGGUAGCAGCGAAUAUGGCAUUUUCCAGCUGAACUCUGCUUGGUGGUGUAACAAUGCCGUUACACCCACCUGGAACCUCUGCCACAUGGAUUGCCAUGACCUACUCAACCGCCAUCUUCUGGAUGACAUCUUGUGUGCUAAGAAAGUCGUGUCCUCAAAAAGGGGCAUGACUUCCUGGGAUUCUUGGACCGAGCACUGUGAUGGCCACGAUUUAUCUCAAUGGCUCAAGGGGUGUAAAAUAAGUGUGAGAAUUGACUCAAAGAUAAAACAAAUUCAUGACUCAGAACCCCAGAUGUAG